AUGGCGUCUGACUGCCGUGAUCCCGUCUCUCAGUUAGCCAUCGUGCCUUUGGAGGCGAUGGAACGCGAGGCCUACGAGGCCUUUCGCCAGUUGCUGCCACCGCCCUCGUCCACCGCGGGGGGAGUGAUUCCUGUCAUUCUUUACUACGCACGCGUUACACGACGCACGCGGUUCGGUAGACGUCUGCCAUGCCACCUUCUUAUCUCGCGCAGCCACUGGUACCUCUGCAAGCCCGCCGGGAAGAUCUCGCGAUGCUGCCGCAUCGAUCGCAUCGCCAAGAUGAUAACCUGCCGUGACAUGUACGUUGUCUGGAAAAUUCAGGAGGGGCGUGAUGUUGUGAUGCGCCUCGGCGACGCUAACGAGAUCGUCUUUGUGGCAAACGUCUUGCGUAUCCUUCAGGCCUCCGUCGCUGGUCGUGCCCUCCCUGUGGUGGAGAAACUCGCGGAGGAGCACACAAGCCUCUCUGGGGCAGACAAGCCACAGCUUGAACGAAGGGGACAUGAGGAGGGCGCGUGUCCGCUGCCGCUGGUGUCGGCUGCCGAGGCACAGCAGCAAUGCACCGUGGAGAACGUUUUGGUGAUGAUGCCACCGCCACCGUCGUCAGAGCCACAGCCGCGCUUGGAGUUUGAAGUGGGUGGCACGCAGCGGGAUGCACGUGUGGAGGCCAUUCUGCGUUAUAUGGAUGACCACAUUGAGAAUCCACGCAUGCCCGUUGCCCCUGAGGCCGCAGCAGACUGUGCCCGCGGUAGUUGUAGUAAUGGGGGCGCCACUUACGUGGAACAAGAUGCAGCUGGCAUUCUGUCGCCUGUGCAGUCACUGCGGGCUCCAUAUACGGCGCAGUCGACGAUACGAUGCAUCCUGCCCGUGGCACAAGACGAGCCUGUGGAAACGCAGCUGACGUUUCCGUUACCGCGUGACGUCCCUCUAGAUCCGACGCCGGGGGUGGCGUCGUGUCGCCCGCCACCGCCACCACCCUCGAUGCCGCCACAGUACAUACAUCUUCUGGGCGAAGAAUCUGGUGAACCCCCCAAGGAGCGAGUGGCGUUGCGGAAGCUGCGCGAGAUGGAUGAUCGCAUCACCUCCUUGGAGCGGGAGCGGGAACGGGAACGGGAGGCGCUGCGGUGCUCUCAAGUGCACGGUGACACGGAGGCCCAUUCUCCGCGGCCGCCCUUCUAUAAAAAGGCAGAGACCUUCAAAACGCCAUCCCCACUGCCUGCAAGCCCUUUUGCGCGGGGGACCCCACCGCCUCGUCUUUAUUUGCAGCAGGAGAAUGGGUGUACAAACACCGCCGAUUUCGAGCGACGCGUCGCGGAAAAGUCGCUUGAGGAGCGCCUUGUACUGCGCCGAUACGAGAUUGACCUCCACCUUCAUCGGGUGUCGUCGUACAUAAAGGCAGGUGAUGUGCAACACCUCACGCUUGUGACGCGCCUGCAGGAGGAUUUGUUGCUCCUUCUGCAGGAACAGCAGGCUGAUGAAGAGUUGGGAACGGCACAACAGCAGGAGACCAGCAGCGUUGAUACAGCAAGAUCAAAGACUCAAACAAUACGCCGCGGUGUCCUGGGCGAGGAGGAUGAGGCUGGCGAGGAGGAUGAGGCUGGCGAGGAUAACGAAUCACUGGAGGGAGGGUUUGGGCUAGACGAUUAUGAUCUGUGGACGGCGACUGAUGAGGGGAAGGAGUGGUACAACGAGCUUUUUGGUGAACACUUAAUGGCGUGCAAGGAGGCGAUGGUGCGGAAUGCGUUUACGCAUCCCACCACGUCGUUGUGA